CAAUGGCCGCUGGAAGGAGGCUAAAGCAAACAAUUUUUAGGCCCGCGGUGAAACAAAAAUAUGAGAAAAAAAUUUUUAAAAAUUCGAAUAAUUGUUUAAAGCCGGAAAAAAAUGCGGAAAAGUGAUGUUGAAUGUUCCAUGAGUCUGAGAGAAACGGAGAGAAACGGUAGCAGAAAAAAGAGGAAACAACUUCUUCAAAACCGAUCCCAACUCAUCGUCAAGAUCAUCAAAAAUGGCAUAUUUUUGGUUGCCAGCUGGAGAAAUUAGCAGAACUGGUUGAGACUAUUGCACAUGAUUUGCAACAGGACAGUGGAGUACAGAAAAGGUUCUAUUUUCAUGAUUUGCAGAAACCUGGGGCAAAGAGCGACUGCACAAAACUAAGUGAGCCUGAAACUGACUUCCACAAUGGAAAGUGGCAUUUUCAUCAUGUAGAACUAGGAAGAAAAUCAUUUGAACAGGUUCUAAGUGCCAAAGGUGUUGAAUACAUGAAACAUCAGAAAGAAGAAACAGAAGUCAAUUUACAUCAGCACAACUGGGCCAAACUGAAUUGUUCAGAAAUCAGGCAUUCUGUGGACUGCGAUGGCCACUGUCAUCCCUGGUGAUCUUUUAGAAAUAAAGGAUACUCAGAAGGUUCUAGUGGGGAAGCGUAAACAAAGUGACACCAAAGCAAGAAAAUCCUUUCCUUGUCAGUUGUGCGGAAAGAUCUUCACUAGUGUUGAGAAACUGAAAGUACAUUCGUAUUCACACACCGGUGAAAGACCCUACAAGUGUUCACACGAAGCCUGUACCAAGGCAUUUGUGUCUAAGUAUAAGCUACUGAGGCAUAUGGCCACCCAUUCACCUCAGAAGACCCACAAGUGUACUUAUUGUGAGAAAAUGUUCCAUCGUAAAGAUCACCUAAAAAACCACCUACAGACUCAUGAUCCAAACAAGGAAGCCUUCAAGUGUGAGGAAUGUGGGAAAAACUACAAUACAAAGCUUGGUUAUAAACGUCAUCUGGCUCUACAUGCUGCAACUAGUGGUGACCUUACCUGUAAAGUUUGCUUACAAACAUUUGAAAGCACAGGAGUGUUACUGGAGCACCUAAGGACACAUGCUGGCAAGUCAAGUGGCACGAAGGAAAAAAAACACCAGUGUGACCACUGUGACCGUUGUUUCUAUACACGGAAAGAUGUUCGGAGACACAUGGUAGUACACACUGGAAGGAAAGACUUCCUUUGUCAGUACUGUGCCCAGAGAUUUGGUCGGAAGGACCACUUGACACGCCACAUGAAAAAAAGUCAUUCUCAAGAGCUGCUGAAGGUGAAAACUGAACCACCAGAUUUUGUGGAUCUAUUUAGCUCUAAUCCAUCAUUGUCCUUAAAAGAUGAGCUCACACCAGUGAUGUCUGUGGUUUCCAGUGAACUGACAACUAGGCCAUUUACAAAUGCUUUACAAAUGAAUAUUUACAGUGCCCAUAUUCAGACAAUGCAAACGCUAGGGUCAACAAACCAAAUGGUCUCCACACCAUUACCUUUAGGAGUGAGUUGCCCACUAGAAAUUGAAUCUUCAAUUCGGCCUCCUCAAGAACUCUCCUCAAAAUAUUUCCUUGGCUCUACCUCAUAUGCCAUUGCAAUGCCUGAAAAAGGACAACCAUUAAAGAAUGAAAUAGAUAGUUACUUAAUGGAUAUACAAAGUGAUUUGCUUUCCUCCUCCCAUGACACUCAAUCAUCCUCAUCAAAACUGGGCUUGGAAUUGCAGGCAGGGUCUCUUGGUGAUGGAUAUGGGGAUAUUUUACUUUCAAAAAGUCCAACGCUCCUCUCUGAACCUCUGAAUACAUCAUCUUUAGACUUUUCUCAGUUGUUAAGUUUCUUGCCACUUAAUAGUCCUGCAUACAAUCAGUCAGUUUCUUUUGGCAAUCCUGGAGUGUGUUAUACACAGGAUGAACCUCACACAUCCCUCCUUCCUCUUGUAUCACAGAGCCAGGAUUCACAUGAAACUGGAAACAGUAUUGGUCUCCAUGCUCUACAUCCUUUAUCUACAGUCUUCACGACUAGCUUAAGCACAACAACGCUACCACGUUUUCACCAGGCUUUCCAAUAGACAAUGCAACUUUCUUAUCCACUUCCUUUUACAUAGAUUCUUCUCUGUGGUGUCAGUUUCCAAAUGGAAUAUUAAGGAAUUGGACUGUAGACUCUUACUGGCUUCUAAUAUCUUGCUACUUUGUAAAUUGUCACAGGAGACGAGCAAAAAUGGGUAGCACAAAACUCUGUACUUUUAUUGAUGAUGGGAACAUCCUGUAUAGCAGCUGAUGUAUAAUAAAUAUGCAUUGCAGGUUAGUAAGGAGAUUUGAAUCUAAUCUACCUUUAAUAGAGUCAAAUUGACUAGUCUAGAGUUUUAUGGAAAGAAUACACGCUCCAUAGCACCUCAUCCGACACUAAGUGAUGGUUCUUAUAGGUGUAACUUUGAGGCAUUAAAAAAUAAUCUUUCAGGUUUAGUUAGAGUGACUGCAACAUUCACAGUGCAUUUUCCUUUGUUUAAAAAAAACACAAACUAUUCAAAUUUAAAACUAAUGUCCAUGUUACUAUGCGAAAUGAUUUUACGAAGUUGUUUUUUAGAUCCUUUGGUGGUUCUUAAUUGUGAUUUUAAGCUUCAACAUCAAGUACCUUUUAAACUGGGGGCAUAUCUGUCCACCUAGAACCUAGCAAUUUUUUUUUAAAUUCAAAAUGCUCCAAAGAAGUUAUGGGGAAUAGAUUAAUUUAAAUUAUAUGCAAACUGAAACACUUUGAAAAUCUGUAAAGCAUAUAAGUGCCAUCAAAUUCAAUACAGUGCAUUUUAAAAACUCUG